AUGGCUUCAGAUAAUGGGAGGAGAAAAGAUCCGGGAUGGAAAUAUAAUUAUUUAGCUAAUGUUGAAGAUAAAAAUGCAGUGACUUGCCUCUUUUGUAAUAAAGUCACAAAGGGAGGGAUACAUAGAGCAAAACAGCAUCAAGUAGGGAAUUUUAAAAACAGUACAAAAUGUUUAAAAUGUCCUGAUCAUGUUAGAGAAGAGCUUGCACAAUAUAUGGCAAAGAAGAAGAGUGACAAGGAGAACUAUGACAAGAUGCCUGAUUUUGAUGAUAUAGAUAAUAUGAUUGAAAUUGAGGAUGUAGAUGAUGAUGAGGUAGAGGAAGUAGAAGUGAUCCAAAAAAGGAAAAAAUCAUGCUCUAGUAAGAGAGGGGUUGGCAGUAGCACCCAAUUGAGAACUAUGAAAUUAAUGCCAAAGUCUAAGAAGUUGAAAGGUCCUAUGGAUUCUUUUGUAAGAUUAAAGCCAGAAAAAGUGGUUGCACUUAGGAAACAGGGUAAGAUGAAGCAAACUAACAUCAAUGAUAAACUUGACAAAGAGAAAAGAGCACAAGCUUGUCAGUAUAUUGGCCGGCUAUUUUAUCUAGCUGGUAUACCAUUCAAUGUUGCUCGCUUAGAUGAAUUUAAAUGGGCAAUUGAAGCUAUUGGGCAGUAUGGUCCAAAUAUGAAGCCUCCUAGUUACCAUGAGUUAAGAGUUCCAAUUCUCAAAAAGGAGGUGGCUUACACAAAUGAGUUAUUGAGUAAUCACAAGCAAGAUUGGAAGAAAUAUGGCUGUUCUGUUAUGUCUGAUGGGUGGACUAGUAGAACCAAUAGGACCUUGAUUAACUUUUUGGUGAAUUGCCCAUCUGGAACCAUGUUUGUGAAGUCAAUUGAUGCAUCAUCUUUUAUGAAAACUGGGGAAAAAACUUUUGAAUUACUUGAUACAUUUGUAGAACAAAUUGGGGAGGCUAAUGUAGUCCAAGUAGUAUCGGAUAAUGGAUCUAAUUAUGUGUUGGCUGGGAAGUUGUUGGAAGCAAAAAGGCCAAAUUUGUAUUGGACUCCAUGUGCUGCACACUGCAUUGACCUUAUAUUAGAGGACAUUGGGAAAAUUCCUAGAAUUGCAAAAACUUUAGAAAGGGCCAUUCAAUUGACUGGAUAUAUCUACAACCAUGGGGGUGUCUUAAAUAUGAUGAGAGAAUACACAAAACAGAGAGAGCUGAUUAGGGCUGGAAAAACUAGGUUUUGCACUUCAUAUCUUACAAUAAAAUCCAUUCAUAAGCAAAAGCAUAACCUAAGGGCCAUGUUUACUUCUGAGGAGUGGGUUCGUAGUAGAUGGGCAAAGGAAGCAAAUGCUAAACGAGUAGUAGAAACGAUUUUGAUGCCUUCUUUUUGGAAUACUAUAGUUUACAUUCUUAAAGUUAUGGGCCCUCUUGUUCGGGUUCUUCGCCUUGUUGAUAAUGAGAGAAAACCAGCUAUGGGUUACAUUUAUGAGGCAAUGGAUAGGGCUAAAGAAGCUAUUAUAAAAGCUUUUAAUGAGAAUGAAGAAAGACUAGUUCCUACUGCUGAAAUUCAGGACAAGAUCAUGGCUGAGCUACCCAUCUAUAGGAAAGCUGAAGGACUCUUUGGCAUUGAAUUGGCUAAAAGAUCAAGAAAGACAAGGGCUCCAGCUGAAUGGUGGAGUUUGUAUGGGAGCUCAACUCCGAAUUUGCAACAGUUAGCUAUAAGAAUCUUGAGCUUGACUUGUAGUGCAUGUGGUUGUGAGCGCAAUUGGAGUGUGUUUGAGCAGAUUCACACCAAAAAAAGGAAUAGACUUGCACAAAAACGACUAAAUGAUCUGGUCUUUGUGAAGUAUAAUCAAAAGAUGAAGGCACGAUAUGAUAAGCGUGAUGUUAUUGAUCCCAUCUCCUUAGAUGAUAUAGAUGAAAGUAAUGAAUGGUUGUUGGGGGAAAUGGGUGCUGAACCAUCUAUGAAUGUUGAAGAUGAGUUGGUUUUUGAUGAUGAUGAUGAUGGUUUGACAUGGGGUGUAGUGGCAAGAGCUGCUGGUGUUGGAGAACCAAGGAAGAAUACUAGAUUCCAAAAAAAAUCAAGGGCAAGCUCAAAGGCCUCAACAUCACAACCAAAUAUUGAAGAGGAAGAUGCUAAUUCUGAUUCAGAUGAGACCGAGGAAGAGAAUGUUGAUGGUUACAAAUCUGGUUCAAGUGGCUUUGAAAGUGAUGGAAACUUGAGUGAAGACUCUGAUGAUGACCUUUAG